UCAUAAAACGGUUUGACAUAAAAAUUGAGAAAAGCAGAUAAUACAGGAACAGAAGUGGGCGAGAACAUCCUGAGUUUUUAGAUAGAACAUGGGGAGAACUAUCAUUACUAUACUUACGAUGUUCGUGUAAAGUAGAAAAACAAAAAUGUGUUGCUCAUUAUUUUAUUAUUUACUCCUUACAAGUUUUAUUCCAAUAUCUUACACAUUAUGGGAAAACGAAAAAUUAUGCCCACUACAAUGUACGUGUUAUUUACAACAUUUAACCGAAACAUCAAUAUAUCGUUACACCCAACAAGAUAAAGAAGCUGAAAAACACCAAUCAGAAGCAUUCGGUCACGAGAACAACGAAGUUUUAUACGACGACGAUUUCAUUGCGACGUUUGAAGAGGCAAAAUCGAUUCUAAGAACGGCUGUAUGCAUGAUACAAACCGAAACGGAACUAAAAGAUUUAUUAAGAAAAGUGCAAAAAGAUGUGAAUGCGUUAACGUUAAUUCAAGGUUCUGAUUCGGGGAAUAAAACGUUAAAAGCAAGCGAUUUGGUUCAAUUUCAAGACCUCCUCGUGUUGGAAUUGCAAGGUGUUAAAUUGAAGGAGCAACAAAACGCGAGUAAUUUUGUUUACGAAGUUGAUGCGAGUUUGACAUGGUUGGAGUAUUUAAAUUUGGAAAGGGUUACGUUGAAAAAUUCGUUGAGGAGUUUUCGGGUGUUUGAUAAAGAUGAAGAAGUCACUGUUGAGUAUGUAAAAAAAUUUUUGCCGAAUUCGAAACCGAUCGCUUUCGUUAAAAAAGGCCCCCCAACUGAAAUAUUGCCCUACAAAGAAUACGUGGAGCAAAUGAAAAAUAAUUUUGCGUCAUUUAAAGGUUUUGAAUCGUUAGUUUUAUUGCGCAUAUCCGAUUGCGAUUUAAACACUUUGUAUUGGGAAAUAUUUGAGGGUUUAAGUAAGCUGGAAUAUUUAAUUUUGGAUCGAAAUCAUUUAAAAUUUAUUCCCGAUUUCGCUUUUUAUGGCGCCCCAAAAUUAAAAUCGUUGUCUUUAGCCCACAAUUAUUUGUUAAACAUUCAAUUAACACAUUUAGCUGGUUUAUUAGAAUUGGAAUAUUUAGAUUUGUCUCACAAUAAUUUCUCGGAAUUGUCCGAAUUAUCUUUGCCACCAUUUCCAAAAUUAAAAUUGGCCAAUUUCGGCGAUAACCCCGUUACGGUCAUUUUCCCAAAUACUUUCGAAGUUUUAAAUACAACCGAUUCAAUUAUUUUGGGGAGUGAAGAGACGCCUUUAUCUUUGUUAACAAACUCUUUUGUCGGGUUAAAAUUGUUAAAAAAAUUAACAAUACGUAAUUUAAAAAUUAAAGUUUUGCAAAAAGAAAUUCUUGUGGGGAUGCCAAGCUUAAAAGAGUUCAUUUUAACCGGCGAUAUCCCAAAAAUCGAUUUUGAUGCGUUUAUGGAAGUAAAUAAUUUAGAAAAAUUAAUAAUGAAUCAAUGUAAUAUCUCCCGAUUAUCCGUUGACACUUUCAUGGGUUUAAAUCGCUUAAAAAUUUUAGAUUUAUCAAAAAAUAACAUCGAUUUCAUCCCCCCCGGGUUAUUCGACAUCUUACCCAACCUCCGCGAAUUAUAUUUAAGCAAUAACCACCUCAAAGAAGUUUCAAAAGGCAUUUUCCCAAACACUUUAAGAUUAAUUCGCCUCGAUAACAAUCCCUGGCAAUGUUCUUGCGAUAUGAGCGAUUGGAAACCGAUGAUUAUUAAUCGAAUUAAACGAAAAAUAGCAAAAAUUUGUAAUCAAGAAUUCGAUAAAGGCAUUUCUUGCGGCAAAGACACCUCAUUCACUUACACAUACAUUUUUGAACCGAAAGUUGCCCCAAAAUGUGCGUCACCGCCCGAAUAUAUUAAUCACAGCGUGUUCCACGUAAUGAGAAAACAAUUUAAAUGUUCCGCUUAUAAACCAAAACUUCGCAAAAUUAAAAAGCAAAAAAAUACUUCCCUUGAAGUUACCGCGAAAACUAUCGAUGUUUCUACAGAAAAUUCUUAUGUUUCCGACGAAGAAAACAAUUUUAAUAACAAACAAUCGAUUGAAACUAAUCGUCACUCAAUCGAGUUAAACAGACAAUCAAAUGAGCUACAUAGACACUCAAUUGAGUUAAAUAGACAAUCUAAUGAUUUAAACACAUUUUUAUCGUCUCAAAAUAAUCGGGAUGUUUAUAAUAAAUGGAACGGCGGGUUAAAUUUUUCACAAAAAAGUGUUGAACUUAAUACUAGAAACGGUAUUAGAAAAAAAAAGUUUCGCAAAAAUUCUUUUGGUAAAAUUAAGAAAGUUUUAUAAAUAACCAUUUUGUAAUUAU